AUGGCUACACAACCACUGCAACCGUACAGAAACAGAGCCGACGAGAUAGCCCGUUGCGAGCGCGUUCUCGGUGCACAGAACUUCAAACCCUACCACAGGCGCGGGAACAAGACGACCGCUUACACGUUCACGCUGGGCAGGACCCGCUACGUGUUGACGGUACCCUUGCAGUACCCGAAGUACGCGACAAAAUUGUCCCUUGCACAAGAACAGGGCCCAGGGGAGCCACAGAGUCUCGCGGUGACCAACUUCAACGGGACGAACCGCGUCGAGAUGGAACUGCUCGCCCAGAUCAACUUCCUGAACGAGUCAGGGGCCAUACUGCAGAGACCGCAGCCGCAAUACAGGGCGCUGCGAAGACAGCAGCAAAGUUUCUACAAGCAGUUUGCUGAACAAGGCGUGUAG